GGAUCACACCGGCGAGGUACGUAGAUUCUUAUACAUUACUGGAUUUUCUUACUGUGUCUAUCCUAACUGACUAUUUGUCUGUGUGUCCAAACAUUCUAAAUGUAAAUAACUGUAAUGACACUGUAGUGCGAGGGUCCAUUCUGUACCAGGCCUGUUUAUAUCUCCGGAAAAUAACCGAUGGCGUCCAUUUCUGUGCUCAACAACAGUAACUGUUGUCUAAAGACAUGUGGAAACAAGAGUCUGAAGCCGAACGAUAACAAGGUCCACGUCCGGGCACCUCACCAAUACAAGGAAGGGGGAGGAGUGGAGGACAGGGAAGCUGAAAUGCUUGUUGUCUGGGAUGGCAAUGGAGGGGCGAAAUUUCACAUGAAAUGUUGGAAGAUCAUUCGCGAGGCAGCAUGUAGAAAAUCCGAAAAUAGCAACAUAACCAACAGCAGCCGUGUUAAAAACAGCAACCUGUCUGAAAACCAGGUCCCAUGCAACAUGAACAUAUCUGAGCUGGAGAAACGGCUAGUGGCCGAGGCAUCGUUGACUGUAGAGUUCUAUAACUCCGACGUCAUGUUGAAGAGAGAGGCCAAGAGGAUAGCAUCCAUGCUGAAAAAGUGCAAAUACUCCAUAGUCUUCACUGGAGCUGGUAUAACGACAGCUACGGGUGCUGGAGACUACAGAGGACUCAAUGGGAAAUGGACAAACAGGGGUAAAAACAAUGGUGCCACCAAUGCUAAAACCCAUGGCCCUUGCCUUGAAGACAUCAGACCAACCUACACACAUGAAGCAUUGGUGAAGCUUCUGGACAUGAAUCAUGUAAAACACGUGAUCAGCCAAAAUACGGACGGUCUGCAUCGUCUCUCUGGCAUACCUGAAGACAAGUUGUCAGAGCUCCAUGGCAACAGUUUCAUAGAAGAGUGUGAAGUGUGUGGCACAAAACGUGAACUACGUCACGGAUAUCGAAAAGGACCGACGGAUGCAUCUGUUCCAAUGACCCUUUGUGAGAUGUGUAAAUGUAAUCACAGAACUGGUCGUCGGUGUACGGAACAGAACUGUGGUGGUUACAUGCGGAGUACAGUUGUCAAUUUUGGCGACAAGUUAGAGGAGAAAGUUCUGAGUGGUGCGGUAGCACAGGCGGAAAUGGCUACAUUUGUACUAGCCCUGGGUUCAAGUCUGCGUGUAUCGCCGGCAAACAGUCUUAUACAGAUGGGCAAGGAACCACUGCGGCUAGCUAUAUGUAAUCGACAGGUGACGGCAUUCGACGUGCAAUGCUUCGAAUUGGACAGCUCUGGAAACCAGCUUGGGUCACGUGUGUUUAGCGACUGUGACGACCUCAUGCGGGAGGUGAUGAAAUGUCUGGUGGACUAGGACGAACAACAUCUAUGGGAGGAGGGUCGUGCAGACAGGAUGAAAAAAUAUGACUCACAAAGGACACCUGGUGGACGCCAAAAGAAAAAUUAACGUCUGAAAUCACUGAACUUGUAAAUCGUCAUCAUUCAUUAACUUACCAAAUUAUCAUCAAAAUGAUGAUUAUAUAAAAUAAAUAAUGUUGAAUAAAUUUGAAUUUCUCCAAUAAAUGACAACAGAAAUAAUGGAAGUAUUAUCAUAUGAAAUUAAAAUAAAAAUUCUUUCAUCAUACAGUUUUGCUAAAAUCAUCCAAUUAACAAAUCUAGGAAAUUCUUUGAAAAAAAAAAUGUUUAAAUGGUAUGAUUAUGUAGCAAAAUUAGAAUGUGUGGAAAGACUAUGACCUGACAGUGUAUAGUAUAAACACCUGGAUAGUUGUUUUAUCUUUUUAACAUAAUUCACAAAGAAAGUUCUACAAAUAGAAAAAAGGUUGUCAGUACUCAUAUUCAAUGUGUGUUUAUUGACCGAGGAUUUGUUACUUUAUUUAUGGGGCUAAGCCUGCGGCCUUGGAUCGCUAUCUCUCAAGUGUUUAUUUGUAUAAAAUCCUCCUUGAUGCUAUUACCCGUGGACACCAUCAGUAACGUCAUCAUUUUUUACGUUGCUUUUGAUUGGUCAGUUAAGUUGUGAAAUAAUCAGUCAGUUACAAAGGUGAAAUUGUACUUAAACUACAUUGAACUGUGUACAAUUUAUCUUAAAUUAUUAUUUCACGGUAUGUUAACACAGACGAACGGAAACCACUCUCUUCAUAACCCACUUCUUGUUGUGGAAGACACUGUUUUCUAGCUUGUAACGCGGAGUGACAUUCGAUAAUACUUCUGAAGUUCAUUCACCACACCUGGGUUCCCUUAUUUAGUGGUACAGCUGUAUUUCCUUUCUCUGGUUCUUGUGUACCAGACAUGGUGACAGGGCCAGAGAAAACUCGGUCUAAUUUGUACUAAUUUGUAUAUGUAUAUUAAAUACAAUCCCGGUUUGUUAUCAGCCAUAUAUGGGUUAGUCGGUCCAAAUCAGAUUUUUAAAAAGCCGAUUAAAUACCAUUUUCAUAUAAAAAAAGAAGAUUUUUGACUUGUGUCUUUUUUAUUAACUUAACAUAGAAUUUAGAUUUAAUAUUAUUUUGUGUAUGUAUGCCCAGAUUCUAGGCAUUGUAUGGGAUUUUACGCUGAUCAGUACGAUCACUUUACACAAAUAAAGAGUAAUCAAAAGGAUAAAAAAUCUCAUUGUUUGAACAUAUACACGAGUAAACAUGUCUUCUGCAUGUGUUAUUGAAGGAGGAAUACAUGCUAUUUAUCAGUAUUCCGUAAUACUGUUCUGUAUGAUUGUUUAGAAGUAUCGAUGCUAUAUUAUCAAACAGCACUUCCCCGUUACACUAUUGCAGUAGUAACAUUAGAUUAAUGAGAUUAUGAUAAUAUAUUGUCAGUGUGUAUUGCUUUGUUGUGAUGUCAUCACAAUUUCUUGUUGUUGAAAAAUAAAGCUUUAUAACAAUCAAAUGUCAUCAAACAAGCUAAACCAAGCUAUCAACGACACGAAGACUUGUGAUUCUGUGAUAAUACCAAUAUCGCAAUAAACUCUCAACCAAGAACAAGCAGGAAGCAAGUGGAACACUUGUGAAUCAGUUCUGUGUUAUUUGCUAUCAUUAAAAACCUACAGAAUGCAACUGGAA